AUGGCGUCCCCGAUCAGCGCUAGCAAGGAGACCGCCGGCGAGCACCGGCCCAACCCCAACUCCUUUGCGCUCCUCACCACGGCCGACGAGGAGAAGACCGAGGAGAAGGACGCGCCGCAGGCCGACAUGAAGACUGAGGAGCCCCCCGUCCCUCCCUCGCCCCGCCCCUCCUCCCUCAACACCGUCGAGAGCUUCAGCCUUGGCUUCCAGGGCGGCUACGUCACCGACGCACACGCCUACUACGUGCCGUUCUACAAUGGCGCGUACAGCGGCUACGCGGCGCGCGUCAACCUCUCCGACUUCUCCUCCUCGGGCGUCGAGUACUUCAACCUUGCCGACACGAACCCCAACCUGAAGGGCUUCUUUGGCGGCUUCGCCACUGACGCACACGCCUACUACGUGCCGACCCUCAACGACGGCGGGCGGAGCGGCUACGCGGCGCGCGUCUCGCUCUCCGACUUCUCCUCCUCGGGCGUCGAGUACCUCAACCUCGCCGACACCAACUCCAACCUGAAGGGCUUCCAGGGCGGCUACGUCACUGACACACACGCCUACUACGUGCCGUACAGCAACGGCGCGGCGUACAGCGGCUACGCGGCGCGCGUCUCGCUCUCCGACUUCUCCUCCUCGGGCGUCGAGUACCUCAACCUCGCCGACACCAACCCCAACCUGAAGGGCUUCUUUGGCGGCUUCGCCACUGACGCACACGCCUACUACCUGCCGAACAAAAACGACGGCGGGCGGAACGGCUACGCGGCGCGCGUCUCGCUCUCCGACUUCUCCAACUCGGGCGUCGAGUACCUCAACCUCGCCGACACGAACUCCAACCUGAAGGGCUUCAAUGGCGGCUUCGCCACUGACGCACACGCCUACUUCGUGCCAGACAAAAACGGCUCGCCCCACGGCUACGCGGCGCGCGUCAACCUCUCCGACUUCUCCUCCUCGGGCGUCGAGUACCUCAACCUCGCCGACACGAACUCCAACCUGAGGGGCUUCGGUCGCGGCUUCGCCACUGACGCACACGCCUACUACGCGCCGUGGGACUACGGCGCGCGCAGCGGCUACGCGGCGCGCGUCUCGCUCUCCGACUUCUCCUCCUCGGGCGUCGAGUACCUCAACCUCGCCGACACGAACUCGAACCUGAAGGGGGCGGGCGCCGCGCUCCUCGCAACCAACCUCCUCCCGGCGCCGCUCGCGGCUCUCCGCUCGGACGCCAUCGUGCACGAGACGGAGACGGCCGACACGAUCAUGGGCGAGGUGCAGAAGGACUCGGCCGAGGGCUCCACCGCUGCGGCUGGCGGCGAGAGCCCCGUCACGUUGAAGAGCAUCAUGGCCGAGCUCGCGGUGUUCAAGAGCGACAUGCAGAAGAAGGAGCAGGAGGUGCAGAAGAAGGACGAGGCGUUCAAGGAGGAGAUGAAGAAGAAGGACGAGGCGUUCAAGGAGGAGAUGACGAAGAAGGACGAGAUGAUCGCCGAGCUACUCGCCGCGCUCAAGAGCAAGACGGACCACAAGCAGGUCCAGACGUCGGCCGGCGGCGAGGUGGUCGAGCUGGUGAGCGCCGCGGACCACAAGGCGCUGGAGGCGCGCGUGCAGGCUGCUGAAGAGCGCGUCGAGGAGUGCGUCGCUCAGAACGCCGCGCAAGACGCCAAGAUCGGCGCGCUCCGCGACAAGCCGGCCCCGCCCAACCCGCCGGCGGCCGCGGCUCGCCCGCCGGCAGCGGCGCGGCGGCAGCUCUCCUCCGCGACUGGCGACGAGACCGAGUUCGCCAUCACGGGGAGGAAAGCGACACUCUCCUUCAACAGCCGCACGCCCGACCUGACGGCGACCCGCCUGACCGGCGAGGGAGGCGGCAAGCUGACCGGCUACGCGGCGCGCGUCAACCUCUCCGACUUCUCCUCCUCGGGCGUCGAGUACUUCAACCUUGCCGACACGAACCCCAACCUGAAGGGCUUCUUUGGCGGCUUCGCCACUGACGCACACGCCUACUACGUGCCGACCCUCAACGACGGCGGGCGGAGCGGCUACGCGGCGCGCGUCUCGCUCUCCGACUUCUCCUCCUCGGGCGUCGAGUACCUCAACCUCGCCGACACCAACUCCAACCUGAAGGGCUUCCAGGGCGGCUACGUCACUGACACACACGCCUACUACGUGCCGUACAGCAACGGCGCGGCGUACAGCGGCUACGCGGCGCGCGUCUCGCUCUCCGACUUCUCCUCCUCGGGCGUCGAGUACCUCAACCUCGCCGACACCAACCCCAACCUGAAGGGCUUCUUUGGCGGCUUCGCCACUGACGCACACGCCUACUACCUGCCGAACAAAAACGACGGCGGGCGGAACGGCUACGCGGCGCGCGUCUCGCUCUCCGACUUCUCCAACUCGGGCGUCGAGUACCUCAACCUCGCCGACACGAACUCCAACCUGAAGGGCUUCAAUGGCGGCUUCGCCACUGACGCACACGCCUACUUCGUGCCAGACAAAAACGGCUCGCCCCACGGCUACGCGGCGCGCGUCAACCUCUCCGACUUCUCCUCCUCGGGCGUCGAGUACCUCAACCUCGCCGACACGAACUCCAACCUGAGGGGCUUCGGUCGCGGCUUCGCCACUGACGCACACGCCUACUACGCGCCGUGGGACUACGGCGCGCGCAGCGGCUACGCGGCGCGCGUCUCGCUCUCCGACUUCUCCUCCUCGGGCGUCGAGUACCUCAACCUCGCCGACACGAACUCGAACCUGAAGGGUCUCAACGGCGGCUUUGCCACUGCCACACACGCCUACUACGUGCCGUACCACAACGGCGGCGCGUUCCACGGCUACGCGGCGCGCGUCUCGCUCUUGGUCUAA